AUGGAACUGAACCCGAGCACGAGCGUGGAGACACUUCGCGCAAUAAUUUCCACCAUGGACACCGUCAACACCGCGUCCCAACCCUCGUCGCCCCGCUCGAGCGCCUUGCCGUCUCCUCCAGACAGCCCGGACUCAAUAUCCUCCUUUCCUUCGCUGUCGUCUUCGUUCUUCUUCUCGUCCGCAGCCGCGAGCCCACCGCACUCGCAUUCGCACAGCGAUCACGACCGUGAAUCCGUUCAGGAGCUGAUCAUACCCUCUCUGACGCUCCCAGCAGCCCUUCGGCCACCCACUGCGUACGGGAAGACCCUAGGAGACGUGCGAUUGCUGGUCCUCGAUGCUGACGUGGCCAGUGGCUCCUCCUUUACGUCCACUUUGUUCGAGGAAAAUGAGGACGUUGUGGAUAUCGGCGUGUCAGAGCCAACCGAGAACGGAUUUGUGCAACGAGCCUCGACGGACUGGGUUGAGCAGCGCGAUGCACACGGGCUCGAAAGGUUCGAGCCUGCGCACAACGUCGAAAUCCUUCAAUUGCCAACCUACAAUCACAAUGAUGAGCUCGACAAUGUCGUACAAUCGAUACAGUCGAUCGUCCAUGGGCCAUUUCACGAUGUUUGUAGUGUCAUUGACCCUCGAUGUUCUCCAUCGGCUCUCCUCUUGAAUCUUGUGUCCUCUCCCUCCAUGCCUUUCUAUACCGCACUCAUAGUCCACGCACCUACGCUCUCUUCUCACGACCGCACGAUCAUCACCACCCUCAGCACUGAUAUACCUAUAAUCGUCUUCCCACCAGCGCCAGGCCAAAAUCUCCACCGCGCUCACGUGUCGUCCUUCCGCCCCACUUCCGCCCACUCCCUCCGCGCCGGCCUCUUUCGGUCACCCGAGACUCUUGCAACCUUGCGUAUGGAAGCCGCAGACCGAUUCUUGCGCUGGCGUGAAGUCGACAGGGCAGUGCGCGCCGUGCAUCAUGCCCAGUCCGCUCCUACUCGCGACCAGCACCCGCCGCUAUACGAUGCUCCCACAGACGACGAGUACCAAACGGAUCCUAAUCACGAUAGACGGUCCACCGUCAACAGCCGGCCACAGCGAUGGAACAAGGCCGAAUGGGAAGCAGAGUGGGAUCGCAUGCUCUCGCACGACGUCGCGCGGCGCAUGCGCGAGGACACCAUCACUUCCGCACCUCCCACACUCCCGCGCGCACAGCCGCCCACGUCCUCCUGCGCACCCAUCGCCUUCGACCCGCUACACCUUCCGUCCUUGUUCAUGUUCUCGCUCUCACUUCUCGCCCCGAUCAAGGCGCGCAUCGCGCAAGUGAAGCUUUCGGGGGGUCCGUUAGGGAUGCUGAUCGCCGCGACGCUCGGCACGGGGAUCUUUAUUGGGCUCGCGUGUCGGUGA